CAAGCUUCUGCGGGUGCCCUGUAGGUACUCCGUGCUUCAUCGUGGAUUGAAUGAGGCAACCAGCAUGCUGUUGGAGCACGAGGUACCCUCAACAUAUAGCCUGCGAUCCCAUCCUUUUGGUACGUGAUCCCUGAAGGUCGACAUGCCCUGUGAGCCCCACAACAUCACGUUCGACGACAAAUCACCCCUCUUUCAUUAUCUACCUUCCAAGGAUGGUCCAUCGAACGUGUCCUGGUCCAUCGCGGUCGGACAAGCUGGAUACCGGGAGCAGCAUUAUACAACAUACCUAACCGGGGCAUCGGUCAUGUUCGAAUGGACAGGCACCGCAGUGUGGUUGUAUGGCUCAGGAAACGUGACAGCAUACGAGAUCGUGACAAGCUGGGCCAGUGGAACCGUUCUAGGUGUAGGAACGCCGGAUACCGGCGGGCUCCUCUUCAGCGAGCCAAACCUGCCAUACGGUCCGUACUCUGUGACACUCGUGGUCCAUCAGGAAAACCCUCUUUCCGUAAUUCGUGGUAAUGUUCUAAAAUUGUCGAUAAUACACAGAACACGGCAGAACACUCAAUAAUACUUUGCCAUUAUGAAUCCAAUGCAUCACGCCUCUCGUAUUCGCGAGUAUUAUUCCGAAGUCAGUAC